AUGGCGCUCGCCCAGCGCGGCAUGGCGGCUCGCCGCACUGCUGCUUCGGCCUGCACGGGGCCUAUGGCCAUGGCAAGGGCAACACCGAUGUCAAUCGGGCGUGUGCAUCACAUUGUCAACCGCGCCGCUGAGAGCUGCACCCGUGCGGCAAGGCCUGUCGAUGCUGCCCGGGGACCUUUCUUCGCGCCGGCGAGGGCCGACCGCGUGGUCGUCCGUGCUGGAGAGCACCUCGUACCCAAGGACGACCGCAUACCAGCGACGGUCAUCACGGGCUUCCUGGGAUCCGGCAAGACCACUCUCCUCAACUAUAUACUGACGCAGCAGCACGGCAAGCGCAUUGCGGUGAUUGAGAAUGAGUUUGGGGAGAUUGACAUUGACAGCGAGCUGGUGGCGAGGACUGAGGUGCUGGAGGGGGGCGACCAGAUCACGGUGCUGUCCAACGGCUGCCUGUGCUGCACGGUGCGCGAUGACCUGGUGGCGGCGCUCAACAACCUCUACAACCGCCGCAGCGAGUUUGACCACAUCGUGAUCGAGACCACGGGCCUGGCCAACCCCGGCCCCAUCAUCAGCUCCUUUUACAUGGACAAGUCCCUGCCUGACAAGGUGCUGCUGGAUGGCGUGGUGACUGUGGUGGACGCCGUCAACAUCAGCCGCCACCUGGACCAGGUCGGCAAGGCCAGCAACGAGGACGCCAUUAACGAGGCCAUAGAGCAGGUGGCCUACGCGGACCGCAUCGUCAUCAACAAGACAGACCUGGUCAGCGAGUCGGCGGUUGCUGAGCUGGAGGGCCGCCUGCGGACCAUCAACACCCUGGCGCGCAUGACGCGCGCCACCAAGAGCAAGGUGCCCCUGGAUUACGUUCUGGGGGUGGGCGGCUUUGACCUCGACAAGGUGGACGAGCAGCUCGCGCCCAAGCCCAGCAGCAGCCACAGCCACAGCCACGACCACGCACACGGCGAGGAGUGCGGCGCGGGCUGCACCAACCCCAACCACAACCACUCGCACGACCACGGCCACUCCCACGCCGAGGCUCACAGCCACGCGCAUGGCGAGGAGUGCGGCGCAGGGUGCACCAACCCCGAGCACAACCAUUCGCACGACCACGGGCACUCCCACGCCGAGGCGGCGCACAGCCACGACCACGGCCACAGCCACGACCAUGUGCACGGGGAGGAUUGCGCCCCGGGCUGCACCAACCCGGACCACGACCACAGCCACCACAGCCACGCCAAGCUCCACGAUGACAAGGUGUCGAGCCUGUCAUUCUCUGUGGAGGGGGAGAUGGACCUCGACAAGCAUCACCACCUGGACUCCAAGGAGUGA